AUGGCCAAGGCAGGGCAGCAGCGGCAGCAGCCUGGGCAAGCGGACAGCAAGGUACAGAGAGAUGGGAGGAUCCUAGAUUUGAUUGAUGAUGCAUGGAGGGAAGAUAAGUUACCAUAUGAAGAUGUGGCAAUACCAUUGAAUGAGCUUCCUGAACCAGAACAAGACAAUGGUGGCACAACAGAAACAGUAAAAGAACAAGAAAUGAAAUGGAAUGACUUGGCAUUGCAGUAUCUUCAUGAAAAUAUUCCUCCAACAGGAAACUAG